AUGAAUCAAAUAUUCACAAUCAUAUUACUAAUUGGCUUCAUUUCUCAGCGUGUGUACAGUCAAACAACGUUUAAUGCAACUGCCUAUGCUCUCUCACACCCAUGCCUUUGGACAACAUGCAAUGUUACUGGUUUUUCAAUUGGCAAUCCCGCAUAUAUAUUGGAUUGUUGUACUUUACAGUUACCACUAAAUUACGCUCAACCCAAUCAAACAAUACCUAUUUCUAUGUCUCGUCUUAGUCCAAAUCAAACGAAUCAAAGUCAAAAUACUGUUGUUAUGCUUAGUGGUGGACCAGGUGGAUCAGGCUGGAAUUUGUUUAGUAUUGCGUCGAUCAUACUACAAACCAUUCCUGGUAUCACUGUAAUACUACCCGAUCAUCGUGGUACUGGACUCUCGAGUGUAUUGAGCUGUGAUGAUUAUGGAUCACAAGAUAUAAGUGCUGCAUGUAUUACUUAUUUAGUUUCAAAAUGGGGUACAAAUGGAUUGAAUCAAUUUUCUAUCACUAAUGCUGCGCACGAUGUAUCAGUACAAAUUCAAUCCUAUCAAGCUACCAAUCCUGGACGAGUCGGUCUUUUUGCUGUAUCGUACGGAACAUUAUGGGCUGACCGUUUUCUGCAAAUAUAUCCUACAGUAGUUCAAGCAUCCGUUAUGGAUGGAGUAUUCGAUCCGCUUACAAGUUCGGAUAGUCGUGCUCCUUUGUUAACAGAUGCAGCCACGGUACAAUUCCUGAGCUACUGUCGAUUACAAAUUAAAUGUAAUCAAUAUUUUUCUGCCGAAAAAUCGCCUGUAGAUGUAUUAAAAACGAUACUGAAGCAGGUAGAUUUAAAUCAACAAAAAUGUAUCAAAGAAAAUUUUGCUAAUUAUCAAUUAACAUCCUAUAUACUUCGUAACAUGUUUCUUACUUUGAUCACCGAUGCCGGACAAUACUUUGCUCGCACUAUCGUGCCUGCAGUUAUAUAUCGUUUGAAUCGAUGCAAUGCAGAUGAUAUUACUGUUUUGAAAUUCUUCUUCCAAAACACUGCAACACUUACUACAACUGCUAUGCCUGCCAUACUUUUUUCAAGUGUGCUCAGUUAUAACAUUGUUCAGUCGGAAACAUGGCUAGCUAUGAACGAAAGUGAAAUCGACGAAACUACGUACAAUGAUUGGCGUGAUUCUACUAUAAUGACACUUACACGUCCUUCGAAUUUCUUCACACUACGUGCUCAAUGGCCCAAAUAUCCAUUGGAUCAGUAUUACGGUAACUUUGCCGCACAGGCACCAGUUUUAAUGCUUUCUGGUGAAUUGGAUCCGUCAACAGUAUUCCAGCAAGCAUCACAUAUAGCAUCAAUCACAAGAGCGACACGCAUUUUUUAUGCAGUACCACUGACAGGACAUGUCACAUCCAGUAUUAUGUUGGUCGGUUAUCCAUGCCCUGCAGCCAUAGCUCUGUAUUAUUUGUUUCCUAACAUAGUUUCUGCAGCAUACGGUGAUCCAAAAUGCCUUCAAAGUUUGCCUACAACAAUUGAUUUUGUUGGAGAGACAGCCGCAGUACAACAAGUCUCGUCAAAACUCUUGAAUAUUACUCUACCAUUUGGAAGUGGCCCUGCUAGUCCAUACAAUGGUUCUCUCCGUAUGAACGCAUUUCAAAAUCUUCACAUUUUACAAAUAUUUUUAUGCUUAAUAUUAUCAAUUAUCUUUCAAUAA